AUGACCAAUUAUAAAAACUCAAGCAUAUUAUUACUUAUAAUUUCCAUUAUAAUAAAUGCACAGGUUUCCACACAAGAAUAUAUUAUUGGUGGCCUGUCAUCUAAUAUAGUGGACUAUCCGUAUCAAGUAGCUAUAGUGCAAAAUGAACAGUUAUGGUGUAGCGGUAGUAUAUUAUCGUUACAUAAGGUUCUGACGUCAGCAAAUUGCGUGAUUUCUUCAAUUUCUCGUCUUAAAGUUCAUGCUGGAACUUCAUUUUGGACUAGACCAAGAAGUGUUCAUAAUGUCGUAAAUUAUAUAAUGCAUGGUUUCGAUGAAAGCACAGAUUUAGCUAUAUUAGUCGUCGAUGAACCAUUCAUUUUUGAUAUGACACGACACCCCAUUAAGUAA